AUGCCAUCAUCUCAGGGUCCUGCAGAUGAAUUGAACCUUUUCAGCAAAAAGGUGCAGGAGGAGCAACCCGAAGAUUUCCUACAGUUUGCCUCUAACUACUUCAAUAGAAGGCUAGAGCAGCAACGGGUCUUCAUCAGAAACCAAGAAGCUCUCGCUCUAUCAAAAGGAAUCGUGUUGUUCCCACACGCCUCCAAGCAUGAUUCAGUGACAGCAGCAGGGUCCUUACAGGGCAGUGCAACACGCCCUAGUACCGCAGACGAUCAGGACGUGCUAUUUAAAUCACCUUUUGUUGAUCACGAUCCGCAUACCACUCAUCUUGUCGAGGGAGAAGAGUCUGAAGAAGGUCCCAGUGGAAUUUUCAAGAACAAUUUCAACGUCGGACAGGCAGCAGACAAGAACGCCACCAAGGUAGUGGAUCCUAUGGCCCCCGAUCAAGCUCUAUCACCUCCUCCACAAUCUGCGUUGCCUAGAAGAUCUGUGGUGAAUCCACAACCAUUACCUAUGAAUUUCAAUGCCGAGAGACGUACAUCUGUUAGUGGGGAAACUUUGAAGCCAAGCAACUUUGACGACUGGACACCUACAAACUAUACGGAGAAGACCAAGGAGCAACUAAAUCGUCUGGAGAAGGCCAUUGGGAAGAAUUUUUUAUUCAACAAGUUGGAUUCUGAUUCGAAGAAAUUGGUUAUUAACUCUUUGGAAGAAAAGUCGGUAAAGCAAGGGGGGGAGAUCAUUAAACAGGGAGAUGAGGGGGAUUACUUCUACAUCGUCGAAAAUGGUACUGUGGAUUUCUAUGUUAAUCAUCACAAAGUCAACACAUCUGGCCCAGGCUCUAGUUUUGGUGAACUUGCGCUAAUGUACAAUAGCCCUCGUGCUGCCACAGUUAUUGCAUCAACCGACUGUAUACUUUGGGCUCUCGAUAGAUUAACAUUUAGAAGAAUUCUACUGGGAGGUUCCUUCAAGAAGAGGAUUCUGUAUGAUGAUUUCCUGAAGUCUAUGCCUGUGCUAAAGUCGCUGUCUACGUAUGACCGUGCUAAGUUGGCAGAUGCACUAGACACUGAGAUAUAUCAACCGGGUGAGACAAUCAUCCGUGAGGGAGAUUCUGGUGAAAACUUCUAUUUCAUCGAAUAUGGUCAGGCUGAAGUAACCAAAAAAGGUCAAGGAGUUAUUGCUCGUCUAAAGAAGGGUGAUUAUUUCGGUGAGGUUGCUUUACUGAAUGAUUUGCCUCGUCAAGCUACUGUUACCGCUACCGAGAAGACUAAAGUUGCAACUUUGGGAAAGAGCGGCUUCCAGAGGCUUUUAGGCCCAGCAGUCGAGGUUCUGAAAUUAAACGAUCCUACGCGCAAUGUGCACCAUUAA